GCUCACCCCUCACUCCCCAACCGGGAUCCCCCGGGACCCUCUCCCCAGGUCUGGGCGCCCCUCUCCAGAGCCGGGAGCCUUUCUACUUAGAGGCUGGGAGGUUGGUGAUCCUUCUCAAGAAGGGGGGGACCUCCUCUUCAGGGUCUGGACCCUCCCACCGGAACACACAUCCUCCCACCUAUCCCCCUCCAAAGCUCUCUUUCCCGGGAACCCCUUCCAGAGUCGGGAUGCCCUCGACCUAGAAGCUCUGCUGUGGGGACCCCCUAUCCGGAGUCUCGGGGAAUCCCUGGGUGGAGCCGGGAGAUCCUCUUCUUUGGACCACACCAUCCCCCUUUAGCCCCAGGCCUGGGGACCCAGAAGACCCAGAUUCCCACAGAAACCCCCGUCUCACGUUCCGCCAGUGCCCCUCCCUCGGUUAGCCCACAGUGUUGGCAGAACCAGUUCUCCCCCGGGGUAGGGGUUCUGGCGGGGUCUGCGGGUGAAGGGUCGGAAUGCCUCCCGGCGGAGCAGGUGGGAUGGGGCACGUCAGGCUGGGAGUCUUAGGUCUUGGUCGUGUCCCUACCUGCUCCGGACCUCGGUCCCCCACCCUCAGGCCACGCGGCCAGUCAGGAUUAGACCAGGGGCCACAGAAACCUUGCUGUGUGGCGGAAGAGGAUGUCAGCCUCUCUGGGCUGCCCUGGCUGCCUCUUCCCGGGUGAGCCAGACCCCGCUCUACCCGUCUGCAAAGUGGGCAGAGGCAGAAGGCAGCUCAGACCCCGCCCUCGCCCGCAGCCUCCUGCAGCCCCCCUCCUUUCCAGCCUGCACACAGCGGUUGCUCUGCCUACGGCCUGGCAGCCUGGUCCCGACCGCCCCAGGUGCGGGGACUCUUGCCUGACCGCUGUGGAAACCGAGCCGGGGCCGGCGAAGGGCGGGGCAGGAAGGGGCCCCGGAGGCACUUCCCUUCCCCUGCGGCUCAAGGGAAACUGGGGCUGGUCUCCCCCUGCAGUCCCCUGGUCCUAGCCACAGGCGGCUUCCUUAAGACACUGGACCCGAGAAGCUUGCAGAGCUGCUGUGUGACCUCGGGCGUGUGACCUCCCUAGACCUCUGGGGACCCAUCUGUGAAAUGGACUGAGGGAGGCGCUGAUCCCCCAGGGUCACCUCAUCCCCCAUCUCUUCCUGGGUUUAUGGCCUCCUUCCCUCCCUCUAGGCUCUACUUGGCCCUGGGAGAAGGUCCCAGCCCCUUAUUUCAGUCCCAGAGCCACCUCUUCCAGUCAGCCCCCCCAGGCUGAUCAGUUAGUCGAUAGUCUCUGCCCCUCCAUUCGGUCCUGCUCUGACCCCUAUCACGGGCUGCAGGUAACGGUGUCAGGUUGUGGCCGUCCCCCACUCGGGGUGCCAAGGCCUCAGCGGGGUCCCAGCAUCGCCUGAGCCAGACUCAAAGGGGACCGCCCGCGAAGAGGGUGGGUUCGAGCAGCAGUGCAUCCCGCUGCCACCAGAGGGCGCCAGCGCCCCGCAGACGGCGAGGAGGCAACUCCAGCCCUAGAAACCCUUCCGUGCGGGUCUUCUCUGGGGAAACUGAGGCCCAGAGAGGGGUCAGUACCGCCCCGAGGGCCCACCGCAGCCCUGGCCCCGGGGGUGCCUGGCGUGUUCCCUGCAGUCGGCUCUAUGAGGGGACCGGGGCUGCGGGUGCCCAGAGCGGGCACAAGGCCAGGCCUAGGGGGCUACUAAGAACUUGCCAGAGAGCUGAAGUAGGGAAGGGAACGUCGGGUGGCAGGAACAGCUUAGGCAAAAGCGCCGGGGCGCGACCUAGGGGCAGCGUGUCGGGAGCGGAUUGAAGACGCCAGAGCGAGGCUCUGGGCGGGGUUGAGUUGGGGCUACACCGUGAUUCAUGCACAACCCUCUGGGGUCGGGCCUGAUCUCCCGGCUCUACAGACGUGGACCUAGGCUCCAGGAGAUUGUCGCUAGCCCCGGGUCACCCAGCUGAGCGGGGUCCGAAUCAGAGGAGGGGGGCAGCAGGCGCCCUAGUGGAGGGAGGCCCCCUCACUUCCUCCUCUCUCGCCCAUUGCACAGAGGGGGAAACUGAGGCACAGAGGGGUAGUCCUAGGCUCUGAGGGCCCCGAUUGAGGCCAGGCCGUUCCCCUGCAGCUCGAGCUGAACAUGCCUCGAGUCACGCCUGCAAGUGGCGGCUCGUUGGUGAUUAAGCCGAGGGGCAGAAUGGUCUUGCUGGGUGACUUCAGGCCCUGGCCCUGCCGCCGGGCUCCAGUUUCCCUUGUUUAUCCCCGGGAGACCGGCUCUGGCCCUGUUUCACCCCAGGGUCCACGACGGCUGAGGGCAGCCAACUCCCAGCCCGCGAGUUUGUUGUUUUGCUCCACGCCUGGGCGGAGCCACGCCCCUCGCCGCACCAUUGGUGUAUUCCUUUCCGGGGGCGUGGCCAGAGUUUCGCCCCGCCCCGCCGUGCCGUAUAAAGGCGGCGCCGGCGCGGGCCGCAAGGAGUCUCAGGCCCGGUCAGCGAAUGCGCUUGCGCACGACGAAGGGUUAGCGUCCAGAGGCUGUUGCGUACGCCCAUCGCGCCGCCGCGUCGCGGGUUCGAGGCCAGGUUUGCGCGUCGUAGGUUCGCCUCUGGGCGGGAUGCUGUUCGACAAAGUGAAGGCUUUUGCGGUGCAGCUGGACGGCGCGAGCGCGGGCGCCGAGCCGGUCUUCAGCGGCGGCCAGUCCGUGGCCGGCCGAGUGCUGCUGGAGCUGGUGGGCCCCGCGCGCGUGGGCGCCCUGAAGUUGCGCGCGCGGGGCCGCGCCCACGUGCACUGGACCGAGUCGCGCAGCGCGGGCUCGAGCACCGCGUACACGCAGAGCUACAGUGAGCGCGUGGAGGUCGUGAGCCACCAUGCCACGCUGCUGGCGCCAGACACCGGAGAGACCACGACGCUGCCUCCUGGGCGCCACGAGUUCCCAUUCAGCUUCCAGCUGCCCCCGACCCUGGUCACGUCGUUCGAGGGCAGACACGGCAGUGUCAGGUAUUGCAUUAAGGCCACCCUGCACCGGCCCUGGGUCCCUGCCCGCCGGGCAAGGAAGGUCUUUACUGUUAUCGAGCCUGUGGACAUCAACACGCCUGCGCUGCUGGCCCCUCAGGCAGGUGCCCGGGAGAAGGUGGCCCGAUCCUGGUACAGUAACCGAGGCCUCGUCUCCCUCUCGGCCAAGAUCGACAGAAAAGGCUACACCCCAGGCGAGGUGAUCGCCGUCUUCGCGGAGAUCGACAAUGGCUCCACGCGCCCGGUGCUGCCUCGGGCGGCCGUGGUGCAGACACAGACCUUCGUGGCCCGAGGCGCCCGCAAGCAGAAGCGGGCCGUGGUGGCCAGCCUCUCGGGCGAGCCCGUGGGCCCCGGGCGGCGGGCGCUGUGGCAGGGCCGGGCCCUGCGGAUUCCCCCGGUGGGCCCCUCCAUCCUGCACUGCCGCGUGCUCCACGUGGACUACAGUCUCAAGGUCUACGUGGACAUCCCGGGCACGUCCAAGCUGCUCCUGGAGCUGCCGCUGGUCAUCGGCACCAUCCCCUUGCACCCCUUCGGCAGCCGCUCGUCCAGCGUGGGCAGCUACGCUAGCUUCCUGCUGGACUGGGGGCUGGGGCCGCUGCCAGAGCGGCCUGAGGCCCCUCCCGAGUACUCGGAGGUGGUGGCAGACGAGGAGGUGGCAGCUGUGGGGCAGAGCCCCGUCCCACAACUGCAGGCCCCUGACACGAGCCUCGAAGGCCCGUUCUUUGCCUAUCUCCAGGAGUUCCGGUACCGCCCGCCGCCCUUGUACUCUGAGGUGAGCUGGGGGUCCAAGGAGCCCCCAUGCCUUCCAGGCCCUGGAGCCAAGCGGGGGUAGGAGACACAGAGGAGUUUUAAAUGUCAACAGAAUUCGUGCCCAUUCGUUCAGGGCCCUCAGCCGCCCUGCACCCCGUCUGCGUCGAGUGUUUCCUCUGGGGCUGAACGUGGGAGUCUCGGACGAGCGGGGCGGGGUGGGAGGCUCUGAGCCACCGGGCCCCCUGAGAACUGAUGGGACUCUUCUCUUCAGGAGGAUCCAAACCCACCCUCACAGGCCAUGAGGCCACGCUGCGUGACCUGCUGAUAGGCAGGUAGAUCCAUCGAGGGGUGAGGUUCACGUGUGCGUCCGGCCGCCGUGGAUGUGGGAGUCACUAGAAAAAGGGCAGACCGGCAUGACUGCACUGAAGUUGGGGAAACCGAGUCUCAGAACCAGCAGGGCUGUACUGACGUCACAUGGGACAGAGGAAGAGCCAAUCUGGAACUUACCUGCACUGGUCCUCAUAAGGCAUCAAAUGCCUUGUGCAGGAUUCGAGACACUGUACUACCUGUCUGUGCCAGCCUGUGGAGAGGGCUGGGGUCCCCCAGGAACCUCCAGUCUGGGAGACACACAGCCAGACAUAAGUAGUUCCAGUCUUGUGGGACCAGAGGGAGGUUCCCGGAGCUGGAAGAGUCCAAAGGGGGAGUAGAGAAGGCUUCCUGGAGGAAAGGGCAUUUUAGCUGAGGCUUUGGCAUAUGAAUAAGAGCUCAGCAGGCAGGCAAGCAAGAGAGAGGAGAAGUCGGAGAAGGUCAGAGCUGAGUGAUGUUUGGAAACUGGCCCCUUUGUUUUAGAACUGGGGCUCAGAGGGCAAGUGCCUCAGCUGAGGCCACCGCUGCAAAGUUCAGAAGGCGAGAGGGCCCAGGAAUGAGGCAUCCAGGGAAGCAGGUCAUGGGAACGACUGUGGGGCCUCUGAGUGGCAGGGGCAGUGGCAUCAGCAUUUGCAAGCAGAUUCCUGGCGCAGGCUGGGGCUGCCUGGGUCGCCUCCGAGGGCCCCAGGACCUGAGAGCCGCCUGGGUAUUGUCAGGGCCCGGGAAACCCAAGUUCAGAGUGGGACACGCCAGACCCGGCUACAUAACUUCCAAAAUGGAAACGCAGGGCCCCUUGUUCAAGAAUGAUUAAGAAUUUGAAGACUGACAGCAGAGCAUUAGGGUAGGCCCCAGGGACUAGAGGACAGCCCCCACGGCAGGGGACAGCAGGGCCCGUGUGCUCCCGAGACCCAGUGUGUCCUGGAGGGACAGCGUGAGGGGCCGCUGGGCAAGCCCCUAGUGCAGAGUCUCAGCCUGGCUGGGGCGGGGCCCCACCUGGGACUCGGCAUUUCUGAUGAGCCUUAAAUCCAUCUCUUUUGUACAAUUACUUUUUAAAAAUAAAAACGUGGAAGAAGA